UGGAAUUUUUGUUACGUUAAUACACCGUAAAUAAAACAAAAACAAAGUUAGGCGUUAGUGAAUUUUUAGAAAAUUCGGUGAUUAGUUAGCUAGUUAGGUUAGCUGUUAUACCUAAUAAAAUGCAUUUGCUGUUUGUUCUACUGUUAGUUUUAUUCGAAAAAGGCGCUGCGAUAAAGUGCUUCCAUUGCGUUAGCGCGAACAACUCGGCGUGUCUAGACAUGAAUUUGCACAAGAUGAAUGCCAUUGUUCCAAUUGUAAACUGCGCUAUGGGGCCAUUAAGUUUGGCAAAAAACAACAUUGACAUAUCCAAGGAUUUCUUUUGCCGGAAGAUUAUUCAAACUAUUCUCUAUCCAGAUCAUACUCCAGAGAUCCGUGUAAUUCGCGGUUGUGGAUGGGUUAAGAGCAAAAGGUCCUGCUAUACCAAUGACAAUAAAGACCACUUGGAGACUGUCUGCCAGUGCUUCGACGACAUGUGCAAUGCUGCGUCAGUCAUUGGAGAUGUGAAAAUAAUACGCCUAAUUGUUAUGGCCGCCAUUAUGUUGGUGCUCCGAACAUGGCGGACCGAUUUUUGAAAUUGGAAUCGGUCGCAAUUUUAAAAUGGAUCUUUUUUACAUUAUUUUCUUAUGCAGUAUUCUAAAUAUUAAGACUGUGGGUUCUUAGGUCUUCGCGAUUGCUAAACAUUGGAAAUGAAAUUGUUUUUAUAUUUAGUCAGACGUGACCAUGGUACAUGCAAAGAGCCCAAACGUUGGUUUGUUUAAAAAAGCACAUAUAA